AAAAUACCCAAAAAUUAAAUAAAUAAAUAAAAUGUGAAUUAAACACUUCUGAAAAUACAUUCAUCAUUUUUCUCUUCUCCUUGGUCAAAAAAAAUGGCGGAAGCCAUCAUGGGCUUCACCAUUAUCAAGCCCCAUAUCCACACUUCUAUUCAAACAACAAACCCAUCUUCUAGAACGCUUAGGCAGUGUUCAAGCUCUGGACUGUUCAAUGGGCCACAGCUUGCAGUGAGAAAGAGUAAAAGAGGGUAUCUAAGUAGAGCAAAUGCUUUCCCAGAUUGGCCUUUAAUGGCAGUACUAGUUGAGCAUAUGGAAGGCCAAAGAGACUACGUAAUUAACAAAUCUAUUUGGCAUCUCAGUGACAACGCCAUAAAAGAUGUUUAUAUCUUAUACAUCAUGUUCACUUGUUGGGGAUGCUUAGUCUUUGGUUCUAUGAAGGAUCCAUACUAUGAUUCCGAGGUGUAUAGAAAAGAUGGAGGAGAUGGAACUGGACAUUGGGUGUAUAACAAGCAAGAAGACAUAGAAGAAAAUGCAAGAGCAGAGCUGUGGAGGGAAGAGCUGAUAGAGGAAAUUGAGCAGAAAGUUGGUGGGCUGAGGGAGUUGGAAGAGGCUGGCAAGAAGUAGGAUUUUCUCUGCUGUUUUCCAUUUGUUUGGCUUUUACUAUUAAAACCAUGUUGUAUAUGUACUAUUCAAAGUUUCAACAUUGUGGACGCUUAUCUAGUUGCUCACAAUAGCAAUCAAAUAUGUAAUUAAAUGUAUUGCAGAUCAUGAAUCAAAUGGGUAUAUUACACUGGACAUUUUAAAAA